AUGGCGGACGAGCGUGUUAGAGACGACGUUCCCACGGAUUCCAUCCAAGAUAAAAGUUAUGGAGACGAUGUUCUUCUGGAUUCCAGCCAAGACAAAAGUCGCGGAGACGAUGUUCCCAUGGAUUCCAGCCAGGACAAACUCUACAUGGACGCUCAGAAAUACUGGGCUGCAGUGUCGCCGACCAUUGAUGGCAUGCUGGGUGGAUUUGGCAACAUUUCACCAACAGACAUAAAUGGAUCUAAAGCCUUUCUGCGACCUUUUCUAAAGAGCUCUGGUGGAUCUGUUGCAUCGACGUACGCUCUAGAUUGUGGAGCAGGGAUCGGCAGGAUCACAAAAAGGCUGCUGCUGCCAAUCUUCAACAAAGUGGACAUGGUUGAACAAGACAAACAUUUUUGUGACACCGCCCGAGAGUUCAUCGGCUCAGAAUCCGGUCGAGUCAUUAAUAUAUUCUGCUCAGGUCUCCAGAAUUUUAAACCAUCAAAAAAGACAUAUGAUGUUAUUUGGUGCCAGUGGGUCUUAGGUCAUCUUAAAGACGAUGAUUUAAUCGGGUUCUUCAGCCGAUGUCAGCAGGCCCUCUGUCCAGGCGGGAUAAUUGUAGUGAAAGAAAACACAGUGGCUGUCGGCACAAAAGCAUUUGAUGACACGGAUAGCAGCUACACGAGAACUAAAGAUGAACUAAAAACAUUGAUGAUGAAAGCAGAUCUGAAAGUGCUGUCCAUACAAAAGCAGAAAGACUUCCCCAAAUCUCUGUACCCUGUGUACAUGUUUGCACUGAGGUAA